GUAAAUUAGUAGAGCCUCCGCUUUGUCGUUCGCUAUCUCUCGCGCAUUGAUAAGCGGAGUUUGUCAAUUAGGAAACAAUUAUUUCAAUAAACGCACUCUUAUGGAACGUGAAAAAUCGUUCGGAGGGGCGAAAAAAAAACUCCUCGAUGAUUAAGCGCCGAUUCGAGGACGACGAUCCUACCUACUACUGCCUGCCUCCUACAUCGAUCGAUCCCGAAUGAAAAGCACGAGAUACCGGUGCGGACGACGCAGUGCUGGCUCGCACCUUUUCUCGACAAGGUCGACGCGGUGCUCGUUCGUUCACCAGGUCGCAAUUUCCAGGAAGAAAUGGCGCGAUACGCCGAGGACGUCUACUACGAGACCGCCAUCAAGUUGGCGCGCGAGGCUGCCCAGAUUCUCCGGGGCUCCAUUAACGGCCUCAAGCAAGUCGACCAGAAGCUAGGCGAUUGGGACCUUGUGACCGAAUACGAUCGCAAGAUAGAGGACAUCAUCAUCGGCAAACUGAAACGCGCCUUCCCGGACCACAAAUUCAUCGCGGAGGAGUCGACCGGGAAAGAGCUACCGGAACUGACCGACGUUCCUACGUGGAUCAUAGACCCUAUAGAUGGUACCACGAACUUUAUCCACGGGUUUCCGCACACAUGCGUGGUCAUCGGGCUGGCCGUGAAGAAGGAGAUGGUUCUCGGCAUCGUGUACAAUCCUAUUCUGGAGCAGCUGUUCACGGCGAGGAAGGGACGAGGCGCCUUCCUAAACGACCAUCCGAUUCACGUAUCCAAAGUUCAAGACUUGUCGAAAGCUCUGGUCUGCAUGGAAUCCGGUUUCAUUAAGAUAGACGCUCUACGGGAGAAGAUGGUAGAGAGAAUCCAAGACGUCAUUAAAGCGGCUCAGGGCAUUCGUACUCUCGGCGUGGCGGCGUUAACGUUGUGUUACAUCGCGUUGGGGAUCGUCGAGGCUUAUUACAUCGAAGGCCCCGGCAUUUCGACGUGGGAUAUAGCUGCGGCUUCGCUCAUCAUUUCGGAAGCGGGAGGCGUCGUCUUGGAUCGCGUAACAGGAGAACCAAUUGACAUCAUGAAGCCACGAGCGGUAGCCGCGUGUAAUGAUAAAAUCGCCCGUGACGUUGUCAGAAUUAUCUAUGAAGCCGAUCAACGGGUGGAUAUGAGGGCGAAAUAAUAAUGUAAAUAGUUUCCAAAUAUAUGUUAUAAAUAAAAAGAAAAUUCAAGAAAAAAUUUACCCUCCCGAAAAAUAUGCUCUUAUAAUAUGCAUUUUUCGUCAAAAAAUUCUUGAUAUCCUUCUAAUAUAUGUUUUAGUUUGGUUUUUAAUAUUAUUCAGUAAAGGAAAAAAUAUUAAAUAAACUAAAAAAUAUGUUAGAGAGAUAAAAAGAAUUUUUUUACGAAAAAUGCAUAUCAUCGAAACAUCUCGACUAAUUGCUAAUUAAUGUUGUUUGAUACAUAGCUUAUUGUGUCAGAAUCAAGUUUGCGUCUUGCAGAAAUCGUUCUGAUAAGAUCGUUCGUAUAAUGUAAAUUUGCGCAACAAGUGAGAUUAAAAUUAUGAUUGAUUUACCUCAA